CUCGCCUCCGCCCUAGCCCGAGUUACUCGAGUUAGAUAACUCGAGUUGCCCAUCGCUAAUCGAAAUUCUUGGUUUACACUUCACUGUCAAAAUCCUGUGUUCAAAUUUUAAAAACAAAAUUCUGCUGUUCAAGUUCUAGACUUGCGGUUUUAUUUAUUAAAGGGUUUUAUUUUUUAACACAACAAAUAUAUUCUAAAUCAAACUAAAUAUACUAUGACAUAUUUUCGAGUUUGUUCAACUAUUUCUUGAUAAAAAUGGGUGAAUUAUUAAACCAGAAGGAGUGGGAUAGUGGAAAAGGUUUACGCGAGCCUAUAAAAUGCUUAGAGGAUAAAUGGAAAUUGGUGCCUUCAUUCUUGCAAGUGAAAGGCUUAGUGAAGCAACAUAUUGAUUCUUUUAAUUACUUUAUAAAUGUUGAAAUUAAAAAAAUAGUUCAAGCCAAUGAAAAAAUAUUCUGUGACUCAGAUCCACUAUUUUACCUAAAAUAUUUAAAUGCUUAUGUGGGAACUCCUGAUUUAGAAGAAGGUUUUAAUGUUACUAAAGCUACCACUCCUCAUGAAUGCCGUCUGAGGGAUUUAACUUAUUCAGCACCAAUAACUGUUGACAUUGAAUACAUAAGAGGCAAUCAACGUGUUAUUAAAAAUAAACAGUUAAUUGGAAGGAUGCCAUUAAUGUUGCGCUCUUCAAAUUGUGUCUUAACAAACAAAUCAGACUAUGAAUUAUCUCAACUUAAUGAAUGUCCUCAUGAUCCUGGUGGUUAUUUUAUUAUUAGAGGUCAAGAAAAAGUGAUAUUGAUACAAGAACAGUUAUCUCGAAACAGAAUGAUUGUUGAUGAAUUUAAGGGUGCUAUUCAAUGUCAGGUUACUAGUUCUACACAUGAAAAGAAAACAAGGACAAAUGUUAUUGUAAAAAAUGGCAAAUAUGUUUUAAGGCACAAUGCAUUAUCUGAGGAUAUACCAAUAGCCAUAGCUUUCAAAGCCAUGGGUAUAUGCAGUGAUCAAGAAAUUAUACAACUUAUAGGAACAGAUGACAACACUUUAAAGAAAAUGGCGCCGUGUAUUAUGGAUUGUCAUAAUUUAAAAAUAUUUACACAACAACAGGCACUUACAUACAUUGGACAAAAAUGUAAGACUAAAAGAUUUCCAUCAAACAUGUCGAAAAUGAGAACACCAAUCGACGAAGCUCGUGAUCUUCUUGCCACUACAAUAUUAGCUCACGUUACAGUUGAAAAUUUCAACUUUUACGUAAAAGCGAUUUAUUUGGCUAUAAUGGUGAAGCGGGUUAUCGAGGCAGAAACGAAUAAAUCGGCAAUCGAUGACCCAGAUUAUUACGGAAAUAAGCGAUUAGAAUUGGCUGGAUCUCUCUUAGCGCUUAUGUUUGAAGAUUUGUUCAAAAGAUUCAAUUGGGAGCUAAAGAAUAUAGCAGAGAAGAUUAUACCGAAAGUCAAAGCGGCACCGUUUGAUAUCGUCAAACAUAUGAGGCCUGAUUUGAUUACUAACGGAUUGUUCACUGCUAUAUCAACAGGCAAUUGGACGAUUAAACGUUUCAAAAUGGAGAGGCAUGGGGUGACGCAAGUUUUGAGUCGCCUCAGUUACAUAUCUGCUUUAGGGAUGAUGACUAGGGUUAACUCUCAGUUUGAGAAGACUCGCAAAGUUUCGGGUCCUAGAUCAUUACAACCAUCUCAAUGGGGUAUGCUGUGCCCUUCUGAUACACCUGAAGGCGAGGGUUGUGGUUUAGUAAAGAAUUUGGCUCUUAUGACUCAUAUCACAACUGAAUGUUCCACGGAGCCCAUUGCCCGUUUGGCUUGUAAUGCGGGGGUGGAAGAUGUCAGACUUUUGGGUGGCGAAGAAAUUAAUAAUCCCGCUAACUAUAUGGUGUUUCUUAAUGGUAACAUAUUGGGCGUGACACGUCAUUACAAGAAGCUGAUAAAAAUAUUUCGUAUGUUUAGACGGCGAGGGCUUAUAUCCUCCUUCGUGUCAAUAUACCCCAAUCAUAACCAAAGAACAGUGUACAUUUGUAGUGAUGGCGGUCGUUUAUGCCGACCGUACAUAAUAGUAGAGCGAGGCUUUCCCCUAGUCAAACAGCAUCACAUUAACGAGCUAAACAGAGGGCUGAAGAAGUUCCAAGAUUUUCUGAAAGACGGUCUCAUCGAAUACCUAGAUGUGAAUGAAGAAAAUGAUAGUCAUAUAGCAACUGUGGAAUUAGAGAUUGACCCAUAUGUCACGACGCACCUUGAAAUUGAGCCAUUUACGAUACUCGGGGUUUGUGCGGGCUUAGUACCGUACCCGCACCACAAUCAAAGUCCUAGGAAUACUUAUCAAUGCGCUAUGGGAAAGCAAGCUAUGGGUACGAUCGGCUACAAUCAAAAGAACAGGAUAGAUUCGCUAAUGUAUAAUUUGGUAUAUCCCCAAUGUCCAAUGGUUAAAACGAGAACAAUAGAGUUGACCAACUUCGAUAAGUUACCGGCCGGACAGAACGCCACAGUGGCAGUAAUGAGUUACAGCGGCUACGAUAUCGAAGACGCGUUGAUAUUAAACCGAGCGUCAAUAGACCGCGGGUAUGGCCGCUGUCUGGUCUAUAAAAACGCUAAAACCACUAUGAAAAGAUACAGCAAUCAAACAUCAGAUCGAAUCCUGGGUCCCUCGAGAGACGCUAACACGGGGAAGAUCAUCAAAGCACAUGAGAUACUCGAUACAGAUGGAAUAGCAGCUCCGGGAGAGAUGGUCGAAAAUAGACAAGUCCUGAUUAACAAGCAAAUGCCACCAGCAACUCUAAACCCGAUAAGCCAGGGUCAACCGCAGCAAAUAGAUUAUAAAGACGUUCCAAUCACGUAUAAGGGUCCAGUGGAGUCGUAUAUAGAAAAAGUUAUGGUGUCAUCUAAUUCGGAGGAUGCGUUUCUCAUAAAAAUACUCUUGAGACAGACAAGGGUACCGGAAAUAGGGGACAAAUUUAGUUCCCGACAUGGGCAGAAGGGCGUGACGGGUUUAAUAGUGCAGCAAGAGGACAUGCCUUUCAAUGAUAGAGGGAUUUGUCCGGAUAUGAUAAUGAACCCUCAUGGAUUCCCGUCCCGUAUGACUGUGGGCAAAACUAUUGAACUGCUGGCUGGAAAGGCUGGUCUCAUGGAAGGGAAAUUUCAUUAUGGAACGGCAUUCGGCGGAUCUAAGGUUCGAGAUGUGUGUCAAGAGCUGGAGAAGCAUGGUUACAAUUAUCACGGGAAGGACAUCUUUUAUUCUGGGGUAACGGGCGAACCUCUGGAAGCUUAUAUUUACUCUGGCCCAGUUUACUAUCAGAAGCUUAAACAUAUGGUUCAAGACAAAAUGCACGCGCGCGCUCGCGGUCCGCGCGCAGUUCUCACAAGGCAACCCACUGAAGGAAGGUCUAGGGAUGGAGGGUUGCGACUUGGGGAGAUGGAAAGGGACUGUCUUAUUGGAUAUGGAGCGAGUAUGCUUUUAAUGGAGCGACUAAUGUUCGCGUCGGAUGCAUUCAGUGCGUCGAUUUGCGGAGCUUGCGGUCGUCUUGCGAGUCGCGCCUGGUGCCACGCCUGUCGCUCCUCGGGUGCGGUCGCAGCUGUUGAAAUGCCUUACGCCUGUAAAUUGCUCUUCCAAGAAUUAGCUUCUAUGAAUAUUGUACCUCGAUUAACGCUUAAGAGAUAUUGUUAAACUUAAAUAAAAGUAACAAAUUA